UGUUUCAUCUCUCUUUUAUUUAUUUCUUUGGUUUUUGCUUUGUGGGAAUAAGAAAGAAAGGAGAAGAAAUGGGAGCUCUUGAUUAUCUUUCCAAUUUUUGCAUUGUCACACCAACAAGAACCAAACACAAACCAAUGCAGACAGUUGAGAUCAAAGUGAAGAUGGAUUGUGAUGGAUGUGAAAGAAGAGUUAGAAAUGCUGUCACUUCCAUGAAAGGAGUACAGUCGGUGGAAGUGAUGAGAAAGCAACAUAGGGUGAGGGUUAUUGGUUACGUUGAUGCAAACAAAGUGCUAAAAAGAGUAAAAAGCACUGGAAAAAGAGCUGAAUUUUGGCCUUACAUUCCUCAACAUCUUGUUCAUCAUCCUUAUGCUUUUGGUGCUUAUGAUAAGAAAGCUCCUUCUGGGUUUGUUAGAAAUGUUGUUCAAGCUUUCCCAACUCCCCAUGAAGAAAACUAUGUCUCUUUUUUUAGUGAUGACAAUGUUCAUGCUUGUUCCAUCAUGUAGCUAAGUUUAAUUUAUGAUCACCUUUUCUUGUCUCUCUCUCUCUCUCUCCAUCUCCAUCGAUCUCAUGCAAUCCUUUUUGUCCAACGUGUACCCUUGGAAGAGGAGAUCAAAGAUUUGAAGUACUUUAGUGAGAAGUGAGAGAUCAACUUCGAAGAAAUCAACUCAUAGGGAUUUUGUUAAUUGAGUUGAUGGUACAUCAUUGUUGUACGUUUUGUUGAAGACGAUGAAAUUAAAUCCUUUCUUUUUUCUCUCUCUCGUUUUGUAAAAUUAUCUUUCCACUGAUUAUGUGUAUGAAAGGAAAGAAUGUGAUUAAUUAAUGUGAAAGAUGAUGGUGGUUCAUUACUGUUGAGUAAAUUAAAUGUGAAGGAAUGUGAUGGAUAUGCAUUUCAAAUUUUAAUUUUUCUUCAGCUGGUGAUGAGCCUUUGUUUAGAGUCUAUAGAAGGGACAUCAAAGUACAUUGUUACAAUA